GCCAUGACACAUGUCUUUAUUUGGCGUCUUGGUCCAUAAAAGGGCAUCUCCCGUUGCAACACGUAGUGCAACGCCAGCGUUUUCGCACACCUGAGCGCCUCUACACCAGAUCGGACCCUCUUCAAGGCCUCGUCUUACCUGAGAAGCCAGAAACAACCUACAAGAUGCCUUUUCCCGUGGACAAAUCUUGCGGAACAUGGAGGCAUGGCAGCCACUCCGACAACUACCCACAGAUCAUGGAGAAGCUCGGAGUCCCAGCAGAGAUGGUUAAGAAGAUACAGGAGGCGACCUUCCCUGUCAACCAUUCUUUGUCAGGCGACAAGUUAACUAUCAAGUAUGAGUUCAUGGGGAAACUACAAGAGAGCACUCUCACCUUGGGAGUGGAGGGCGAGGAAGACGAUCCAAGUGUUGACAGGAAGAGAAAGGUGACCUACACCAUGGAGGGGGACAACCUGGUGUCCGUGUACCCUGACCGUGACGGGAAGGGGACUUCCAUGCGCGUCAGCCGCCAUUUUGUUGAUGACGACACCAUCCACGUAGACAUCAAAAUUGGUGAUCUCGAGGGCUGGACUACUUCCAAGCGCUGCUAGUGCUAGACGUCCGAGAGAACGUUAACCCCUGUGCACCAAACAAGCUGCCAGUCGGCUUUGCGAGGAUUCUUCAGUGAUUUGUUCUAAACAAACCAUCUCAAUCUGUA